CUAAGGGAGAGUAAGGGAGAAAAUUAGGAUCUGAAACUCGAUCUAGUUUAGAUUCUUAUUCUGAUCAUGUCUUCAAUGGCGGAAAAGAUUAACCGCAAGCUUCAUAUUGUUAUGUUCCCAUGGCUAGCCUUCGGUCACAUGAUUCCAUACUUGAAUCUGGCCAAGCUCAUCGCUCAAAAGGGUCAUACAGUCUCUUUCGUCUCCACUCCAAGAAACAUAGAUCGUCUCCCCAGAAUUCCUCCCCAUCUUUCCUCUCACCUGGUCUACGUGAAAAUCGCCCGCCCCCCAGUCGACGGCCUGCCGGAAUAUGCCGAGGCCACCACCGAUUUACCCUACGAUAAAGUCCAAUUGCUCAAGAAAGCCUACGAUGGGAUGCAGGACCCCAUGGCUCUGUUUCUCCAAGCCUCCAAUCCUAACUGGGUCAUGUACGACUUCGCCACUUACUGGAUGGGUCCCUUGGCCGCUAGAUUAGGCAUUCGGAGCGCCUUCUUCAGUAUCCUGAUCGCCGCCUGCGUCGGCUUUACCUUGGGACCCGCAGAGGCUCUGUUUAACGGCGGGGAUAAUGGAAGGAACAAGCUGGAGGACUUCACCGUUCCUGCGUCGUGGUCUCCGCCGGGAUCCACGGUUUCGUUUCGGAUUUACGAAAUAUUGAGGAUUCAAGACAGUUUAUCCGACAAUGAUGGAGGGCUGUCGGAUAUUCUCCGGUUCGCGGGUAGUACAGUAAACUGCGACGUGAUAGCCGUGAGGAGCUGCUCCGAGUUCGAACCCGAAUGGAUACGGGUGUUGGAGGAGGUUAACAAAAAGGCAGUUUUCCCUGUAGGUCAGCUGGCGCCGUUAGAAUCUGACAUGUCCGAUGAUAAUGAGAACGAGGAAUGGAGGGAGAUUAAGAUGUGGCUCGACAAUCGAGAGAAAGAUUCGGUGGUGUACGUGGCAUUCGGGAGCGAAGCGAAGCCGACUCAGGAAGAACUGACCGGCUUAGCAGUCGGGUUGGAGAAAUCUGGGUUGUCGUUUUUCUGGGUUCUGAAAACUAGGCGAGGGGAGUUCGAUCCUGAUGUGCUGGAGUUACCCAACGGGUUUGAAGAGAGAACUAAGGGACGAGGGUGGGUGUGUAGGAGUUGGGCGCCUCAGAUGAAGAUAUUGGGUCACGAGUCUGUGGGUGGGUUUUUGACUCACUGCGGGUGGAGCUCAGUGGUGGAGGCGGUGUACUUGGAGAAGCCGUUGAUUUUGCUGACUUUCUUGGCCGACCAAGGUAUUAAUGCCAGGGUCCUGGAAGAGAAGAAAAUGGGUCACCCGAUUCCGAGAGACGAGAAAGACGGGUCAUUCACGAGUGAGUCAGUGGCCGAGUCGCUGAGGCUGGUUAUGGUGGAAGAACAAGGGAGGAUAUACAGGGACAAGAUGAAGGAAAUGAAGCCUCUGUUUUGCGAUAAGGAGAGACAAGACAAGUAUGUCGAUACUCUUCUUUCUUACUUCCAAGAUCACCGUGGCCAGUCAACUCGUACUAAUUAAGUACAUUUCAUUCCUUAUCAACUCAAUAAAUCAUGCAUG